UGCUAAAUAGAAGAAUCAAUCCAAAAAGAAGUGUAAUGGCGGACUCCCUCUCGUACACGUAUGUUAUCGUGGGAGGUGGAAUUGCCGGCGUGACUUGUGCUGAAACGCUGAACCUUCUGCGAGCAAACGCAACGGACCGGAUUCUGCUGCUAACCGAGUCUUCCCUCGUCAAAGCAGUCACCAAUGUGGUUCCGCUGGGUAAAAUUCUUAACCGCUUCGAUGUGGAAGAAAAAAGCACGGGCGAACUUGCUUCAGCAAACAACAUCGACGUUCUGCUCGAUCAACUGGAUACGAUCGUGAGUGAGAAUCACCUGAUAAGAACAACCGCAGGAAGGUGCAUCCAGUACCAAUUUCUGUGUCUGUGCACCGGUGCCAGACCAAACAUAAUCGAUAAGGCAAAAGGAAAUGCGAAUGUGAUCGGUAUACGCGACACGGAAUCGGUGGAAGAAUUUCGCAAGCGCAUUCACACAGCAAACCGGCUGGUGGUCGUUGGAAAUGGUGGCAUCGCGUCGGAACUCGUGUACGAAGUGGAUGGAAUGGAGGAAAUCCAUUGGGUGAUAAAGGAUCCGUACAUAAGCUCCACGUUUGUCGAUUCCGGUGCGGCCACUUUCUUCAGGGAGCGGUUAAGCAAAAAGGCUGGAGGAACAGAGAAGCAAAAGACGAUCUACAAGCGAAUGCGGUAUACGGACCAGCAGCAGGAGGCAGCUACUGGCGGAGCUAAGCGUGGAGCCGCCUUAGGACCCGAUUGGCAUCGUGCCUUUGACAUCCAGAAGCAUGGGGACGGUUCGUCACGGAGCGGCAACAAAGUAACGAUUCAUCACUCGGUGGAGGUUGAGGACAUUCACGAAAUCAACUCCGGAUUGAAGGUGCUCCUGACGGAUGGAACGACGCUGGAGUGUGAUUUCGUAGUAUCUGCGACCGGUGUCGUUCCGGCCAUUAGCUGGACCGGCGAUCGACCAUUCAAACUAGGACCGGACGGAGGUCUCUUCGUCAACUGGUCGAUGGAAACGUCCGUCGAGGACAUCUACGCAGCCGGCGAUGUUUGUUACGCCGGCUGGGAACACGCACCACACUGGUUCCAGAUGCGUCUGUGGACACAGGCCCGCCAGAUGGGUGCAAUGGCCGCCCGGAGCAUGGCCGCCAAGCGUGCCGGGGAAGAGAUUUAUCAGGACUUUUGCUUUGAAAUGUUCAACCACGCGACGACCCUGUUCGGUUAUCAGGUGGUUCUGCUAGGGCGCUACAAUGGACAAGGUUUGAACGAUAAGUAUGAGGUGCUGCUUCGGAUGACGCCUGGACUGGAGUAUAUCAAGUUUGUGAUGGUGGAUGGGCGCCUGCAGGGUGCGCUGUUGGUGGGUGAAACGGGGCUGGAGGAGACGUGCGAGAACCUUAUCCUGAAUCAGCUCGAUCUUUCGUCGUACGGGGAGGACCUGCUGAAUCCCGACAUCGAUAUUGAGGAUUACUUUGACUAAGUUACGAUCAAAUGUACCGAACGAAUGGCACAAAAGCGAAAAAUAAAUUGGAUUGGAAAGUUCUAAAGCUUCCUGUUUGUUAAA